AUUUCGGGUGUUUUAACAAUUGCAGGUGGUUUAUUUGUGUGGUGCUAACGUUACUUACUUCAGAGGCAGCUAAAGAUCCCGUGAUUGUAAAGAAUACGCGCCAGUUUGCACGCGUCUCGUUUUCAUUAGUUAGGUACUUCUGAGGGACUGUGAACUAAAGUGCUGUGAUAAUGUCAUUGUGACUCAGUGUAUGCAGUGAGACUCUUGGUGCCUUCUGCCAUUUCAAACAAAACUGGUCAGUGGAAGUAAAGGCCAUCAUGUCGCACAACUAUGUUGUGACGGCUCAGAAGCCAACAGCAGUUAAUCACUGUGUUACUGGCAACUUCACGUCAUCCUCGGACCUGAACCUGAUCAUGGCCAAGAACAACCGACUGGAGGUGUUCAUCGUGUCGCCGGAGGGCCUGCAGCCCGUGAAGGAGAUCGGCAUCUACGGCCUGAUCGCCGUUAUGAAGCUGUUCCGACCCUGCGACGAGGAGAAGGAUCUGCUGUUCAUCGUGACGCAGCACUACAACGCCAUGAUCCUCGAGUGUGUGGGCCGCGGCGAGUCGCUCGAGGUCGUCACCAAGGUGCACGGCAACGUGGCGGACCGCAUCGGCAAGCCGGCUGAGACGGGCAUCAUCGGCAUUAUCGACCCGGAGGCGCGCUGCAUCGCGCUGCGCCUGUACGACGGCAUACUGAAGAUCAUCCCGCUGGAGAAGGAGAGCAGCGAGCUCAAGGCCUACAACAUCCGACUGGAGGAGCUGACGGUGCAGGACAUCGAGUUUCUGUACGGGUGCCCGAACCCGACUGUGAUACUGAUCCACCAGGACGUGCAUGGCCGGCAUGUCAAGACCCACGAGAUCUCGCUCAAGGAGAAGGAGUUCAUCAGGAGCCCGUGGAAGCAGGAGAACGUGGAGCCGGAGGCGGCCAUGAUCGUGCCCAUCCCGGGUCCGCUGUACGGCGCGCUCAUCGUCGGCCAGGAGUCCAUCACGUACCACAACGGCAGCACCUACAUCACCGUGGCGCCGCCCAUCAUCAAGCAAAGCACGAUGACCUGCUACGGCCGCGUGGACCCGACCGGCGGUCGUUACCUGAUGGGCGACAUGGCCGGCCGCCUGUUCAUGGUGCUGCUGGAGCGGGAGGAGCGCGACGGCGCCGAGCGCGACAUCAAGGUGGAGCUGCUCGGCGAGUGCAGCAUCCCCGAGUGCAUCAACUACCUGGACAACGGCGUGGUGUUCGUCGGCUCGCGGCUGGGCGACUCUCAGCUGGUGCAGCUGCGCGUGACGCCCGACGAGAGCAGCUCCUACCUGACCGUGCUCGACGCGCACACCAACCUGGCGCCCAUCCUGGACAUGGUGGUGGUGGACCUGGAGCGCCAGGGCCAGGGCCAGCUGGUCACCUGCUCCGGCGCCUUCAAGGACGGCAGCCUGCGAGUCAUCAGGAACGGCAUCGGCAUCCACGAGCUGGCCAGCAUCGACCUGGCCGGCAUCAAGGCCAUGUGGAGUCUGCGCGUGGGCACUAGCGGCGACGACGACGGCGACGAGCUGUUCGACAACACGCUGGUCAUCGCGUUCGUCGGCGAGACCCGGGUUCUGAGCCUGAUCGGCGAGGAAGUGGAAGAGACCGAGAUCUCGGGGCUGGCUGGCGACCAGCAGACCUUCUUCUGCAGCAACGUGGACCACGGACAGAUACUGCAGGUGACGACCACCUCUGCGCGCCUGCUGAGCGACAAAUCCGGCGCGCUGCGCAGCGAGUGGCGCCCGCCGGGCGGCCGCACCAUCAGCGUGGUGACGGCCAACGCCGGCCAGCUGGCGUGCGCUGUCGGCAGUGAGCUCUUCUACCUGGAGAUCGCCGACGGCGAGGUCGUGCUGAAGAGUACCGCCACGCUGGAGCACGAGGUGGCCUGCAUCGACCUGACGCCGGCCGGUGGCCGGACGCGGGCCCACCUGGUGGCCGUGGCGCUCUGGACCGACAUCUCGGCGCGCACGCUCUCGCUGCCGGAGCUGCGGCCGCUCUCCAAGGAGUGCCUCGGCGGCGAGAUCAUCCCCAGGUCCAUCCUGCUGGCCGAGUUUGAGGGCGUGCCCUACUGCCUGGUCGCCAUGGGGGACGGCUCGCUCUUCUACUUUCACGUGCACCUCGAGACCGGCAUGCUUACGGAAAAGAAAAAGGUGACGCUGGGCACGCAGCCGACUGUGCUGCGGGCGUUCCGACCUCACUCGACCAGCAGCGUGUUUGCCUGCUCCGACCGGCCGGCCGUCAUCUACAGCUCCAACUACAAGCUGGUUUUUUCCAAUGUCAACCUGCGCGAAGUCGGCCACAUGUGCACGCUCAACACGCGCGCCUACCGCAACAGCCUGGCGCUUGCAACGGAGACGACAAUCACUAUCGGCGUAGUGGACGACAUUCAGAAGCUGCACAUCCGCUCUGUGAAGCUGUUCGAGUCCCCGAGGCGGAUCGCCUAUCAGGAGCCGACCGAGACGUUCGGCGUGCUCUCGAUGCGGCUGGACGUGCAGGAGGCCAACGGGCUGGCGGCGCUGCGGCCGUCAGCCUCCACCGGCGCCAAGUCGGUCAGCCAGUCGUCGGCGGCCCAGCUGCACCGGCCCUCGCUGCAGCAGCUGGAGCAGGGACAGGAGGUGGAGGUGCACAGCCUGCUCAUCAUCGACCAGCACACGUUCGAGGUGCAGCACGCGCACUCGUUCGUGCCGUCCGAGUACGCGCUCAGCCUCAUCUCGACCCGGUUCGACAACGACCCGGCCGUCUACUUCGUGGUCGGCACGGCCUAUGUCAACCCCGAGGAGUCGGAGCCCAAGCAGGGUCGCAUCGUAGUGUUCCAGUUCCAUGACCAGAAGCUCACCCAGAUAGCCGAGAAGGAAAUCAAGGGCGCCUGCUACAGCCUGGCUGCCUUCAACGGCAAACUGCUGGCCAGCAUAAACAGCACGGUGCGCCUGUUCGAGUGGACCAUGGAGCACGAGCUGCGGCUGGAGUGCAGCCACUUCAACAACAUCGUUGCUCUCUACCUCAAGACCAAGGGUGACUUCGUGCUGGUCGGCGACCUGAUGCGCUCGAUUACUGCCCUCCAGUACAAGGCCAUGGAGGGCAACUUUGACGAGAUGGCGCGUGACUUCAACGCCAAGUACAUGACGGCGGUGGAGAUUCUGGACGACGACACCUACCUCGGCGCCGAGAACAGUCACAACCUGUUUGUCUGUCAGAAAGACAGUGCGGCCACCACGGACGAGGAGCGCAUGCAGAUGCAGGAGAUGGGCCGCUACCACGUGGGCGACAUGGUCAACGUGUUCCGGCACGGCUCGCUCGUCAUGCAGGGCGUCACCGAGAACAUGGCGCCCACCUCCGGCUGCGUGCUCUUCGGCACUGUGCAGGGCUCGGUCGGUCUGGUGACCCAGCUGGAGCCGGACUUCUACGCCUUCAUCGCGGAGCUGCAGCAGCAGCUGACGCGCGUGAUCAAGCCGGUGGGUAAGAUCGAGCACGCGGCGUGGCGAGCCUACCGCUCGGAGCGCAAGACCGAGCCGUGCGAGGGCUUCAUCGACGGUGACCUCAUCGAGAGCUUCCUCGACCUGAACCGCGACCAGAUGGCCGAAGUCGUCCGGGACCUGAUGAUCACCGACGCCUCGGGCCAGCGGCGGCCGGCCACCGUGGACGACAUUAUCAAGGCGGUGGAGGAGCUGACGAGGAUACACUGAGAGAGCGGCCGCCGCCUCGCGCCCCCUGAGCUGUGACCUUGUUUUUGACGGCGCCGCGCCGCCGCCGCCAGCGCAGACGAAGCCGGCGCCGCCGCGACGGAACUGCGCGUGCCUCCCGGCAGCCGCGGAGCUUGCAAUCUCGCCCACGUGCGCCCCGGCGAUCCGUAAGCGGCCGCGGCGGGAGCUGGGAGCGUUCUGCUGGCCGCUUGUUCCGGACUGUUGGCUGGACUCGCCGUGUACUCGCGCUUGGCUGGGCGGCGGAGUCGGGCGGCUCGGCCGGCGCCGGCUGCCGUGCCCGCCCAGCCGUCAGGGUUUGGAACGGCGAGCGCCGGGCCGGGCGUGUAUUUCGUGUUCACGUGUAAUGAAUAUACGAACCU